AUGGCUCUAUGGAUCUUAGGGAUCUAUCUACUUGGAAUGAGUGCUAACUUACCUGUAAUCUAUUCAGCAGAUUAUACGUUUGCGAAGCAACCUUCCGAUGUGAUCAUUAUGGGAGGCACUAUCGAAGCAGUGCUGGAAUGUCAAGCCGAACCUAUGCUAAAUUUUCCUUGGUCUUACAACUGGUUACGGGGAAACCAGCUAGUUCAUAACAAUUCAAAUAAUCGAUACCAUUCAUAUCACCGUACAACCAAGCUAACUAUUAGCUUAAGAAAUAGUGAUGGUUAUUUCUUUAGUCAAGGUGAAGUCAAUGAUUAUCGAUGUACUGCCACCAAUGCUAAUGGAACCAUUACCUCUAAACUUGCUCGAUUAAUUUCUGGACGGACUACUAAAACUGUCGUUUUUCUUGUAGUAGCUCUUACUGAUAAUUACAAAAUUUGA